AUGGCGCGCGCGAACUACGCCGCCACCUCGGCCGCCGAGACUCGCGCUCACCACAUCGCUGCGCGUCCACUCGCCGCGGCGCACCACCUGCUGUCGUCGGCCAGCCACCUCCUGCAGGACACGGCUGGGCGGUCGUUCGGCCUCGCCACACCACCACUCUUCGCGUUCGGCGUCGCCGCCCGGUCGCGCUGCCGCGGCCGCCGCGGGCGUCGCUGCCCGCCAUUCCGUCGCGCGGCAGCCAGCCGCCGCUACACGGGCCGCGCCACGUGCGACUGUCCCAACUGCCAGGAGGCCGAGCGCCUGGGCCCCGCGGGGGUGCAUCUCCGCAAGAAGAACAUCCACAGCUGCCACAUCCCGGGGUGCGGCAAAGUGUACGGCAAGACGUCGCACCUCAAGGCGCACUUGCGCUGGCACACCGGGGAACGACCGUUCGUCUGCAACUGGCUCUUUUGCGGGAAGCGAUUCACGCGCUCGGACGAGCUCCAGCGUCAUCUCCGCACGCACACGGGCGAAAAGCGCUUCGCGUGCCCCGUCUGCAACAAGCGCUUCAUGCGCUCCGACCACCUGGCCAAACACGUCAAGACGCACAACGGCAACGGCAGCAAGAAGGGCAGCUCCGACUCGUGCAGCGACAGCGAGGACAACAGCCAGCCCGAGAUGCCCGGGGGCGUGGCGUCGCCGGCCUCCGUCAACAACACGCCGCCGCCGCCGCCGCUGGGGCUGGACGGCGUGACGGGCGCGGACGUGAAGCCGCCGGGGCUCUUCGUUCACCAUUUGAAAUCCACAGCUCUAGGCCCAGGUGUCUACGUGUCUGGGGACCUGCGUCAGCGCCAUGAGGUGUGGCCUGGCUCACUUCUCCCACACAAGGAUGAGCGCUCUGGGCUCACGGGCCACUCUCUUCCAAACAAUCCUUCAAAAGUUCCUGGGUUUACCAGUCACGUCGCACUGAUGGAAAGGCUAAGUUGUCAAUGGUUCCAAAGAUCUGAUUCCAACUUCAGCCAUUCACAGCUGUCAGCAAAAGAGACGACAAUUUGGGGAUGUGAUGUUAUGCCACUAGUACAGAGUGCAGGUGAGUAUCUGUAUGCGGACAUCAACGGCGCCGGACAACCACCACGUCUCACAACAAUAACAUGUCACAACAACCGCAUUCGACAACAUCCGCGAAUGUCACCAACCACGUCGAACGUCCAACAACAACAACAACAACAACAACCUCGUUCUACAACAGCGUCCAUCAACACUUAA